UCUUCUUCUUCUUCUUCUUCCUCAUCCUCCCGAUUUCAAAUUUUAUUUCAUCCUCCAAAACAUUUUAUCACCAACGGAACAUUAAACUGAAGAUGGCUGAACUUUGGCUCUUGUUAAUACCAAGCUUCUUCUUGAUCUGCUUGCUUUUGGCAAGAGUGAUUGUUUCAAAGAAGAAAAAGAACAGCAGAGGUAAGCUUCCCCCUGGUUCUAUGGGAUGGCCUUACUUAGGAGAGACUCUACAACUCUAUUCACAAGACCCCAGUGUCUUCUUCACUUCCAAGCAAAAUAGAUAUGGAGAGAUAUUCAAAACCCGAAUCCUCGGCUAUCCUUGCGUGAUGUUGGCUAGCCCUGAGGCCGCGAAGUUUGUCCUUGUGACUCAUGCCCAUAUGUUCAGACCAACUUAUCCGAGAAGCAAAGAGAAGCUAAUAGGACCCUCUGCGCUCUUUUUCCACCAAGGAGAUUAUCAUUCCCAUAUAAGGAAACUUGUUCAGUCCUCUUUAUACCCUGAAACCAUCCGUAAACUCAUCCCUGAUAUCGAGCACAUUGCCCUCUCUUCCUUACAAUCUUGGUCCAAUAUGGGUAUCGUCUCCACCUACCAAGAGAUGAAGAAGUUUGCCUUUGAUGUGGGUAUUCUAGCCAUAUUUGGGCAUUUGGAGUGUUCUUACAAAGAGAUCUUGAAACAUAACUACAAUAUUGUGGAAAAAGGCUACAACUCUUUCCCCAUGAGUCUCCCCGGAACAUCUUAUCACAAAGCUCUCAUGGCGAGAAAUAGGCUAAAGAGGAUAGUAAGCGAGAUUAUCUGCGAAAGAAGAGAGAAAAGGGUCUUGCAAACGGACUUGCUCGGUCAUCUACUCAACUUCAAGGAUGAAAAAGGCCGUGUCCUAACCCAAGAACAGAUUGCAGACAACAUCAUCGGAGUCCUUUUCGCCGCACAAGACACGACAGCUAGUUGCCUAACUUGGAUUCUUAAGUACUUACAUGAUGAUCAGAAGCUUCUAGAAGCUGUCAAGACUGAGCAAAGGGCUAUAAAUGAAGAAAACAGUAGAGGGAAGAAACGUUUAACAUGGGGACAAACGAGGAAUAUGCCCCUAACACAUAAGGUUAUAGCUGAGAGCUUGAGGAUGUCAAGCAUCAUAUCCUUCACAUUCAGAGAAGCAGUGGUUGAUGUUGAAUAUAAGGGAUAUUUGAUACCUAAGGGAUGGAAAGUGAUGCCACUAUUUCGGAAUAUUCAUCACAAUCCGAAAUAUUAUUCAGACCCUGAGGUUUUCGAUCCAUCUAGAUUCGAGGUGAAUCCGAAGCCGAAUACGUUCAUGCCCUUUGGAAGUGGAGUUCAUGCAUGUCCAGGAAACGAACUUGCCAAGUUACAAAUUCUGAUACUUCUCCACCAUUUAACUUCCAGUUUCGGAUGGGAAGUGAAGGGAGGAGAGAAAGGAAUACAGUACAGUCCAUUUCCAAUCCCUCAAAACGGUCUUCCCGCUACGUUUCGUCGACAUUCUCUUUAGUUGUUAAUACCUUAUUCAUUACUAGUCUCUGUCUUAAUUAGCUUAUAUUUUAUUUAAAUUUCGAUGUUUUAAAACCCCUUCAAGUUUUUAAACAUCAUUAUUGUAUUUUCUUCGAGGGGUUUUUAACUUUUUAAGUAAACAUGUAACGACUAUGAUGGAGUAAAAAAAAUGACGAAUCCGGUGAUUUUUUA